AUGAACCGUCUUGUUGUUCGGACUCGAGGCUUAUUACGUACUCUAGUGAAUCUCGAGAGUCGUCUUCAAUCUGAUUCGGUCAGGGGUCGUUCUCACUUUGCAUUUGUGACAUCCGUUUCUGGUUUUGACAAUAAACACACUUACUACAAGACUCAAAUUCGUCCGCGGUGGAUUUAUGGCGAUGAUGCCUGCUUCGUUUCCAUAACUGAAGCCUCUUGUGUGUUGGGUAAGGUUUCUUGUUUGCUUUCCCUCUGGCGCACUCGCUCAGUACCUCGUUAGCUUUAGCUGCGAUUUUUCCAUGUAGGCCUCACCAUUACACCCUAG